AUUUGAAUUAUUCUUAAGCCUGAACAUUCAAGUAUUUUUUAUUCAAUUUUCUUCUCAAGUCUCGGCCUCUUAAGUAUAACAAUGGGCUUUCGUUUACCUGGUAUCAGAAAGGCAACAGUAGCUGCAAACCAAGCAUCUUCUAAAGCUAUGGAGGUACCAAAGGGUUAUCUUGCAGUGUACGUUGGAGAGAGAAUGAAGCAGUUUGUGAUCCCCAUUUCAUACUUGAUCCAGCCAUCAUUCCAAGACUUGUUGAGUCAAGCAGAGGAAGAGUUUGGAUAUGAUCAUCCCAUGGGUGGACUUACAAUUCCAUGCAGCGUAGAGGUCUUCCAAGACAUAACUUCAACCUUUAAUUGACUACAAGUCUAGUACCGUAGAAGACUGACCAAGAUUUAUAUAGACAUUUUUUACAUUAGUCAUCUCAAUAUGUAAAGAUAACCCCUUUUUGAGAAA